GGAUGCAAUAUCACGUGAGAUAGCACGUGACAAAUUGCGGAAGUUUAUUGGCCAUAACGUAAAUUUCUGUUAGUGCUCGAGAAUUCCAAAGACGAGAAUCCAGUUUAAAAAAUACAUAUCUCUAUAUAUACUGCACAUAUGGACGAAUCUGCUCAAUUACUGGAUGAAAAGAUUCUCACUUUCAUGGACCAAUUGGAAUUAUUGGAGGAAAAACGAGCUCGUCUCAACACCCUCAUUGAGCAGGGAUGGUUCUUCAUUUCUAAGGCGCGAUAUUCCAUGGGGAACAAACAAGUGUCAGCUCUUCAGUAUGCAAGUGAGAUAAAGCCACAGGUUUCUCUUCAUGUAAGCAGUGAGUCACCGAAGUAUAAUAGUGAGUGUCACAACACCAAUGCACCUGUUGAAGUCAUUGGCCCACAAGAGGAAGGCAUCAGAAGAAGAAUAAAACCUACAAAAGGCAGUGGUGAAAUGGAAGCAGUUGAAGAGUUGAGUCAUAAAAAAUCCCACGAAGACCUCCCAGCCUCAAAAACUGAAGAGAAUCCUCAGCAAAACCCACUUCAUUGGUUUGGCAUUUUGGUGCCACAAUCUCUGAAACAAGCCCAGAUGUCAUUCAAACAAGUCAUUGAGCUGUCUGCCGAGAUUGCAACUCUUCAGGUGCAGAUUUUGAACACAAGGCAAGAGCUAAUGCGCCGCUUUCAGGAGAAAGAUGAGAGAAAGAAGAAAAAGGGGGACCUCAGAGGAUGCUGAAGAUGAAAAUUAUCUUUUGGUUGUUCUUGAUUUAUUGGUCUUGUUUCAUUGUAAAUGUGUUGUUAACUGUGCGUAAUAAAAUCUGUUGUGGAAGAAAAUUUACAAAAAACACAUUGUAAAAUCAAGACAAGUCUGGCUACUUUGAUUAAACCUUUGGGGAUCACCCAGACACUGAUUGGACAAUUUUCCGGAUAAAGCGGAGGAGUUUGCAAUAACCACUGUGCCUGAGGAAGAACAGUCUAUCAGAGACAAGGCACAACCAAGGAGGUGUGAAUCAUUUGCCUUGCGCUUGUGGCACAUUCGUAGCCAGUUGCCUGUGUACAUCACUGUAGUCUUGUGCUGACUUGUUAGUUUGUGCUUCUGGAGUUUUACUGAAACUAUAUUUGCAAUAUUCACCUCUGGAAAGCAAAAUGAAUGCCUGUCCCUCCUUUACUCGCAACUGGGCAGAAGACUAUCAAGCAAAAGCUGAGUGAAGGGACUCUGUCAACUGAGAAUUAGGAAGCGUCACGGAAUCCCAACAUUUCUGCUUGACAGCUUUAUCACAGAUUUUAAAAUUUUUAAUUGAUUGUGCACGCCAAAAAAGUGAAAAUAUCAAACGGAUAACAGUGAUUGUUAAUAUAUGAACGAAUAACGGUAUGAAUGUGGCAGGUGUGACUAACACUUAACCCAAGUGCUAAUCCUAGUUUAGCACUGCUAAUUUAUUGAAGCGUUUUCGAGCAAAGUGAGGCUACAUGGAACUGAAAACUAUUAAUGCCCAAUACCUUUAGUUGUAUUUCUUUUAGUACAUUACACUGACAUUUAAAAUUUAAGAGCUGUUUGUAAACAUGUAUUCAUGUUAAUUUUCCUAAAUUUA